AUGGAUUUCUCCAACAUCUUCCGCUUUGCCAACAUCGCUGUCGGUGCCAUCAUGGUUCUUGGUGGCAUUGCCCAGUUCUUCCCGAUAAGCAUGAGCCACAUCAUCACUGGUGUCUAUGUGAUUCUGUUUGGUCUCAUCGUUGCUGGGUUGGAGUUCUUGCCCAACGUCCCGGACUAUAUCUACCGCUAUGCGUCCUUCCUGUUCUCCUUCGUUGGCCGUGGUGUUUUCUAUAUCUUUGUCGGGUGUCUCAUUCUCCACGGCCACGUCCUGCAAUACAUUGCUGCUUCGAUUGUCGGCAUCCUUGGUAUCGGUUACGUCGUUUUGGAAUUCGUCCCGUCUAUCGAACCUCCAUCCAACAUGCGCGAGGCCGACCAGGGCUGGGGCGCCGAGCAGGUUGUCUAA